AUGGAAUCUGACAACGAAAAUCGCAAACUCAAGUCCAAAUUAAGUUCAUCAACUGAAUAUAGAAGAAAGCAGAAGGUUAAUGAUCCUGAAAAAUAUGAGAAGUAUUUAACGUAUCAAAAAGAACAAGGGAAAAAAAACCGAAGUGAGCUUAAAAAGAGAUUGAAUAAAUCAAAACCAAGUAAAAAAGAUGUUGAAACACAAGAAAAAAUCAAACUUCAGAAUCGAAUUCGUCAAGAAAAAUUUAGAAGAAAAAAACAAAACAAGACUAAACAGAAAAGUACCAGUACAUCAUCAAGUGCUUUAAUAAAAGUUUCAUUUAAACAUGUUACAUGUCAAGAGAAAGUAAAUCAAAAUGAAAAGGGGAGAACAGAUAAGUAA